GAUGGGAGGGGCCUUGUGUCGACGUCAUCUUGUUGCGUCAAUUUUGCUCACGUAAUUUUAUGCGCACACACAAACUGGAAAUGACGUUAGCAUAUGACGUAAGACUACUACUUGCAAAUAAAGGAGAUAAUAAGCUCUUCCCUCCAUAAGACGUGAAGUCCAUUAAAUCCUUCACGGCGCCUCUAGCAGCAAAAAGAAUCGCAAAUCAGCAAAAAGAAUCGAAAAUCAGCAAAAAAGAAUCGAAAACAGCAAAAAAGAAUCGAAAACAGCAAAAAAAUCGCAAUGAGAAAAUGUACUAAAUAGUUAUGCAAACUUUCUGGUCACCGGUAAGAGGGGAACAAAACUUUCUGGUCACCGGUAAGAGGGGAACAAAAUCUUUUGAUACCUUCAAGAACGCAGUAACAAGAUUAUAAAGAAACCUCUAGAUACAUUGAAUCCUCCUCUUCAAACUACCAGAGCUCGAUCGUCGACUGGAACUAUUUAUUCUCUUCUCCACCCCACUCCCUUCCCCAAAUCAUGUCUGCAAAAGACUAAUAAUAUUGGAACUUUAAAACCGUUUUCCUCAAAUGGCACAAUGAGGAACCGAAAGCUCUGGUGCGCGGCGUUUUGUGGGACUUGAACCGACAAUGUCAUACGUCUACGUUUUUUUCAAUGGGAUCCAUGCAUUCUGGCAGUAUCUGAAGCAGUGCAUGGUGGCAGUGCUCAUGAAGAUUAAACUUAAGGCUGUAAAGGGAAGAAGAGCAGGUGAUAUCGCUCUUGUGAGCAAUACCCUGACCCUAGAGACCCGGCUUGGUUCUGAUGAAGUCUUCGCCGAUAAAGUCGAGGAAGUGGAGCCGAAAGGUCUCACGUCUGAACAGGAUGAUUGUUGCGAGGACGACAGUGACGAUAAUAGCAAGGUACUCUGCGAACAGGAUGAGACUGAUGUUCAGGAGGAAUGCAGCCAGUCAAGCAUCCACACAGACGAAGAAGAAGAAUCAGGCUGUCAGGAUCUCAACGUCGAGGAAGAGUCCCCGAGAGCAACAGGAUCCGACGACGGUAUGGAAUUUCAGUAUAAAGGACAGGGCAGUCGAACUUAUUCCUCACUGGUCAACACCGACAGCGCCCACAGCACCAAGACGGAGAUGGUCUUGACCAGUGUUGCCACUGACCCUUCAUUCUCUUGCUCGGCUGACGAAGAUUUACCUUCUUUUCUUCAGAGUUCGGACGAGCGCGUUCAGCUCGCCUACCUGAUCGACCAGAUCAAGGACAGCGUCUGCCCCGAGGAGUGUCUCCAGAACAUAAACUGCGCACAUAGCCAAUCCCGAGGGUCCUCCUUGGCCGCUCUUUCAAGUGAGUCAACUCUCGCUUUCAAGAAAAACUCAUCCAUAUCCCUCCUCUUCAUUCCGUUCAGCUACCUGGGAAAGGCGAAGGAAUAUGUGAUUAACGCCCUCACGCAGCCAAUCGCUAAACAGCUUGGUUUCAGCAGUUCCCUGAACUAUGAGGUCAACGGCAAACAGUUUGAAUCCUACGACAGCUUGGGAGAUGUGGACCAGCCAUGCUGCUCUCACCAGUCCACAUCAUCUGCCCGCCACGGCAAAGAAAAUUACAUCAUCCCCAAUCAGUCUACCAGUUCCGAUUCAGAAUCCGAUGACGAGGUAGAUCUUCCAACACUUUCACGGCCGUCCAUAGAAUCUGGAAAUGAAUCUGCGGCAUCCGUCUCAACUCUCGAAAGGAAGGCAUCUCUAAAACGCGACGAGCUUGUAAAAGAGGAAAAUGAGAAAAGUUCCGCCGAUGAAACCCAGAUUGAGACUCUCACGGACUCGCUCACCAGGCGCUGCAGACAGCUGCAGGACUCCAAGUUCCCCAGGUCUCGCAGCAGACGCUCUAAGACCCGUCGCAGCCAUGAAAGCUCAUCCUGUGAAAGGAUCUCUGGUUCCGAAAGCGAACAUGAGAGUGACUACAGCUUCUCGAACCUGCGAACCGCUCGCACCAGCCUCUCGCCGUCCUUCCACAGCACCCACAACAGCGACCACAGUUUGUUGCUAAAUGCAAGUGAGCGCUGCUCACUCGACUGGCUCGGUGAACAGGUCAGCGACACAUCCAUCUCAGCCCCGCACCUCUGCGAAGACGGCUCCGAAUGGAGACCGAGACUUUGUCGAAUAUCUCUCUUCGGCACUGCUUCGUGGAGCGUGGUACGAACUGCUGUAGAUGCUGUUUGACUAUCCUGGCACAAGCUGUGGUGUGAAAACAUGGCUGAUGAAUUUGUUUAUUAUUUUAUUUGAAAUUUCAAUAAACUCUUUCUUAUCUGUUCAAUAGUCGCGACAGCAACGAACUGCUUUCUUAGGGGAGGGGUGGACCAACGGUCCCAAGAAGCUCUUUUGGCCAUUUCAUGGCUUAUUAAGUGGCUUUUAAAUACAGUUAUACUCAGUUUUUAUACUUAUAUUUCCAGUUUUGUAUCACCGUGCUUUGUCAGUAGAAUCAGCUUCUUGAAACAAAAAUAUUGAGCUACAAAACUGCAAGCAAUUUUGGAAAUAAACAAAUUAAAUAUU